AUGCUCGUCGCGGUGACAAUCUGCGGCACGCUGCAGUACUUGGUCCUCGAGCUGACCCUCAACUACGGCGACGAGGGACUCGGCGACCCGAGCAAUCCGAACUACGACUCGUGGUAUAACUUUGAGUACAAAGUGCUCGGCGGCGUCAUCACCGGCGUGAUCCUGCCCAUCUUCAACGUCGUCUAUCAGAUGCUCGCGAGGGUGCUCACGAGGUGGGAGAACCACCGAAGGGAGGUCAAGCACACCGACGCGCUGGUCGUGAAGUUCUUCGUCGUCGAGUCCUUCAACGCGUACUUCUCCCUCUUCUACAUCGCGUUCGUCAAGGAGAACAUAUAUCACCUCAGCGUCCAGCUCGGUUCCAUGAUUGCGACCAAGUUCAUCGUGGACCAGUUUGUGGAAUACGGGUUCCCCGCUUUGUUGAACCGGCUCAAGAAAGGUCGAAAGCGCUGGUACAUGAACAGGGCGGGCGUGUCGUCGCAUCACGCCGGUCGUAAGGGAUUCCUCACGGAGGAGGAGGCGUCAUUCGAGCAGAGCACCCUGCCGCAGGUCAGGGACCUAUACCUGGAGUACGCGGAGAUGUGCAUUCAGUACGGGUACCUGGUCAUGUUCGCGCCCGUGUUCCCCGUGUGUUUCCUGUUAGCCGCAGCAAACAACGUGCAGGAGAUUCGCGGCGACCUGAUGAAGAUCGUCUACCUCGGGCGACGCCCCGUCCCGAGAGCCGCGAAGGACAUCGGCGUGUGGUACGUCUUCCUCAAGCUGUUCACGUUCGUGGCUUGCUUCACCAACGCGGGGAUCAUC